GCAGAGUGUGGUAUGAAGUUUUUAAAUCAGAUGUGAGAUGUUGCAAACUAUUGCAGAUCCCAUUCAUAUCUAAAGUCUGCAAUUCAAGUCUUGGAUACAGGUUUCCCUAAGGUUUCACAAUUGUGUCAUGUAUUUUCAUGCCCUCUCUCUUUUCCUUAGUUACAUUCACUAAAUGGGGCCAGAGAAUGACUCACAAAUUUUACAUUUUCUCCUUCUUGGAAUUUCAAAGAACCCCAAACUGCAGCCUUUCUUAUUUGUGCUGUUUCUGGCCAUGUACUUGGUCACCAUGCUUGGGAACCUGCUCAUCAUCCUGGCAACGAUUUUAGGCCCCCAUCUGCAUACACCCAUGUAUUUCUUCCUGUCCAACUUAUCGUUUGUGGAUGUCUGCUUCACUUCUACAACUGUCCCGAAGAUGUUGGUGAAUAUACACACACAAAGUAAUGUCAUCACGUAUAGGAACUGCAUUGCCCAAAUGCAUUUCUUUAUACUCUUUUCAGGGCUGGAAAUCUUUCUGCUGACUUUGAUGGCCUAUGACAGGUAUGUGGCCAUCUGCCACCCUCUGCAUUAUACUGUCAUCAUGAGCCCUCGACUCUGUGUGCUGAUGGUCCUAGCAUCCUGGAUCAUGAAUAUCCUUCAUUCCACAACACAAAGCUUAAUGACAUUGCGACUCUCCUUUUGUACCGACUUGGAAAUUCCACACUUUUUCUGUGAACUUAAUCAAGUUGUACACCAUGCUUGCUCUGACACCCUUCCCAACGAUGUGGUUAUCUAUUUGGCAGCUGUGCUGUGGGCUUGCUGUCCCCUGAUGGGCAUCCUUUACUCUUACUGCAAGAUAGUUUCCUCCAUUCAUGCAAUCUCAUCACUGCAAGGGAAGUACAAAGCAUUUUCGACGUGUGCAUCUCACCUAUCAGUUGUCUCUUUAUUCUAUUGCACAGGCCUGGGUGUUUACCUCAGUUCUGCUUCAACAGAAAAUUCACAGUCAACUGCAAGAGCCUCCGUGAUGUACAGUGUGGUCACUCCUAUGCUGAACCCCUUCAUCUACAGCCUUAGGAAUAAAGAUAUAAAGAGGGCACUGAGAAACAUAUUGGGAUGGAAGGAAUAGAAUAUUCCUUUACUUGGGUGCUGAACAUGAUUAUGUGUCCAUGAUCACACAGCUCAGAGUUCUCUGAUGGGAUCUUGAAAGUGGAAUGUGCUUUCUCUGUUUUAUCACUGGAGUUUCUCAUUCUUU